CUAACGGAACAGCCUGGAGACAAGUAACAUCUGCUGCGUAUAUAACCCAUCCAUAGCCGCAGAAGUAGGGUAGAAAGAGAGAGAGGACAUCGCUUAUUAUCAGUACUGAUAUAGUCAUCAUGACUGAUUCCGAGAGACUUAUCAUCGGCGUUGAUGUUGGAGGGACAAACACUGAUGCUGUGCUCCUCAACUGCGCUGCCUCUGGUGCUGAUGCGGUCGUGGCGUCUCACAAAGCGGCCACAGGCGCAGAUGUGACCGUCGGCAUCGAGAGCGCCAUCAGCGCAUUGCUGGAAAUGGCCCAAGUGCCUCCCAACCGCGUGUCUUCGCUGAUGAUAGGAACAACUCACUUCAUUAAUGCCGUUGUUGAGCGAGACGCGUCCCGGUUGGAGAAGGUGGGAGUCAUCAGACUGGCAGCCAGCAACAUCUCCGCCUACACCCCGCCUUUCAUCGACUUCCCUCCAGCCCUCACCAGGAUAAUCAAUGGACACACUGCCAUCAUAUCUGGCGGACUUCAGGUAGACGGCUCUCUUAUUGGGGAGAUAAAGCCAGAUGAAGUCAGAGAGCAGGCUCGGACGCUAAAAGAUAAAGGGCUGAAGAACGUUGUCCUCGUGGGUAUCUACUCUCCAAUUGAUGAAACAUACAAGCAAGAAGAGCAAGCACGCGACAUCCUCGCCCAGGAACUAGGACCCGAAGUCAAUCUUGUAUUGUCAAAAGAAGUUGCUGGCGUGGGGCUUCUUGCGCGCGAAAACGCAGCCAUCCUCAAUGCUUCCAUUCUCAACUUUGCUGGACGAACUAUCCGUGCAUUCAAGAGUGCUAUGCGUCGCCUGCAGUUACAAUGUCCAUUGUACCUGACGUCCAAUGAUGGGCAGCUUCUCUCAUCCGGAGAAGCAGAACAGUAUCCAGUGCGCAUUUUCUCUUCAGGUGCCACAAAUAGUAUCCGAGGUGCGGCAUAUCUUUCCCAGUCAAAGCUGGGGAGGUCUAGCAAAUAUGUCAUUGAUAUCGGUGGGACGACUACCGAUAUUGGAUGCCUCCUCCCCAGCGGCUUUCCUCGCCUAGCCAGUGCAUUUACGGACAUUGGGGGUGUAAGAGUGAAUUUCGCAAUGCCGCAAGUUGAAAGUAUUGGACUUGGUGGUGGCUCCAUUCUACAUGUCGCCGAUGCGAAGGUUACCGUGGGCCCUGAUAGUGUUGGGCACGAAAUCAUCAACCGAGCUCUGUGCUUCGGAGGCGACACAACCACAGCCACCGAUAUUAUGGUAGCCACAGGGGCCGAGGUUGGGACUAGGCCUGUUCAGCUGAAACCAGAACUCAUUACUGCUGCUAAAGAUCGCAUCAAACUGAUGCUGGAAUCUCAUAUAGAUCGAAUGAAGACAUCCCCAGAGCCUUGCGAAGUCCUUCUUGUCGGCGGUGGCUCCAUUCUUUGCCCCCAGGAGCUAGAAGGUGUAUCGUCAAUAUUGGUUCCUCCUCACGCAGAAGUCGCGAAUGCGGUCGGUGCUGCUAUCGCAGAGAUUGGUGCGGAGGCUGAAGCAGUUGUCGAUGAGAAGAACAAAGAUGCAGAGCUGGUGAUUACAAGGCACAAAGCGAUCUCUAAAGCGGUCUCUCGAGGAGCCGUCCAGAAUGCUAUUAGAAUAAUUGAGGAAGAAGUCACGGGCAUUGCUUACAUUGAUGGAAAAUGCCGCAUCGUUGUGAAAGUUGUCGGCCCAAUUGACUAUAGCAAAUUCGGCUCGGACGCCGAAGAGGAUAUUAAUUCCAACCAGAACGGCGAUGCCAUCACUCACAAAGAAACAAAAGACCAUAAAUUGGACAACUGCGCUGUCGAUGAGAAAGAAGUCGAUAUCGAGACCUACAAGCCCUUUGUCGAUGAAAAUCGUGUCUGGUUUUUGAGCGAAACUGACCUCGCAUUCAUCGCCGCAGGUUGUUACAUCCUGGGUACAGGAGGCGGAGGCUCCCCCUACACCCAUUAUCUGCAGACAAGACAACUUCUGCGAAUGGGCGAGUCUAUCACCAUAGUCGAUGCGGCAGAUUUCAAAGAUGACGCCUUGCUUGUUCCACUUGGGGGACUCGGCAGCCCUGCAGUUGGCGUCGAGCGACCAGGUGGUGAUAUGGUCCUUCACGCUUGCCAGCAGCUGGAGAGGUAUAUGGGCAUCAAAUACGGAGGCCUUCUUGCUGUUGAGAUAGGUGGCGGCAACGGAAUGGAGCCUCUAAUGUGGGGCUCGUCGAAGUAUUACAACCUUCCAUGCGUAGAUGGGGAUCUUAUGGGGCGUGCAUAUCCCACCUUCGAAAAGGUGACCUCCUUCAUAAAAGCAACCCAUAUAAACGACCUCUUGCCGGCCUCUCUGUCAAGUGGGGAUGGGAUCAAUAUGAUCUUGACAGAAUCUAAGGACACACCGUCGGUAGAUAGGGUCCUGAGGGCGGCAUGUGUUGAUAUGGGAUACUCCGCCGGUUCCGCAAAUAGACCUCUAACAGGUAAACAAAUGCGCGAAAUGGGUAUCCUAAAAUCCCAUUCGCUGGCCUGGAGACUUGGUCGUGCCGUUGCUCUGGCUAGGCAGAAAGGAGCUAUUUCAACCGUCGCCGACAAUAUUAUCAAAGUUUGCGGCGAGAAGAGCGCAGGAAAGAUAUUCGAGGGCAAGAUCGUCGGCGUAGGGGAGCGGUUAUGUAAGGGCCACAGUUACGGCGAAGUCGUGGUCGAAAAGCUCCGUGACUAUGAGCGAGACGCCACUUUCGAUAGUCAAGCUGGGAAUAAUGAGGAAGCCCUGCCCGAGCGUGUGCGGAUUCCGUUCAAAAACGAGAAUCUGAUUGUGGAGGCGGAAUACGCAUCUGGAGAGAAGAAGACUUUAGCUACGGUUCCAGACCUGAUAAUCAUCCUUGAUGCACUGACAGGUGAAGCUCUCGGUGUUCCAGAGUACCGCUAUGGGCUCAAAGUUCUUGUCCUCGUUAUGGCAGCGAACCCACUUUGGACUAACACGCCUCGGGCGCUUGAGAUUGGAGGGCCGAAAGCAUUCGGUUAUGACAUGGAAUAUGUUCCUUUUGGAACAUAUACAGAGCCGCGAAGUGUGAUAGACGAGUAUGCACCAGGCAAGUAGACAUGCUGCAUAUCACAAGGUAUUCGAUGACAUAUAGACAGAGAUAUAUAUAGAUAACAUAAAGU